GAAAGAGACGAAGAUGACUCCCAAAUGACUAAAGCAACUGUGACUCCGAUAGACUCCAGACCAUCUUCUCCAGCAAAAGAAACGUUCAUCGAAAGCACAGAACAGGCUCCUCUCAAUAGACCGCAACUUUAUAGCAAUAUCACCGA